UGAGGUUACUUUCAGAAUGAUGACGUAUCACGACGUUGCAUGAUUCCAGCUGGAAAUUUAUACUUUAGAUUCAAAUAAUCUAGACUGAUUUUGGUUCUGAACAUGAACUAAUUUUUUUUUGUUAACUUAUAUUAUAUUUUAAUCAUUUACAAUAUGUCGGGUCAAUGGGAAAUAGUUGGAAAACCCAAAAAAUCAAACGGAAGUAAGCAAAAAUUAUCAAAGACUGAGAAAAAGAAAUUUAUCGAAAAUGCCCCGAAAAUAGAGGAUAUUUUGCCAUUAGCACAAGUCAAAACAUUGUACACGGCUUUAGAUAAAGAAAUUAAACCUAAGGCUGCAGUUAAGGUUGAAAAAAAAGAAGAACCUAAGAAGCCCGCUCCAAAAAAGAAUGAUAAAUUAAAAGAUACUACCCCAAAGCCACAGAAGCAUAAAUCAAUUGAAAGUGCUCUAAAUUCAAUUGAUGUUGAUCAAAUAAAAUCCAUAAUUAGUGUUUGUCGAACUAGGUUUUCUGAUUCUUCCCUGAUAUGGCUAAAGGAAGUCACUACACACUUAAACAGUAAGCUUAAUGUGGACAUACCAGAUCCAGUUUUUACAAAUCGGCCUUUAGAUUACCCAAUUUCUGCAGUUCCUGACUCUUUACGUAAUACUUUGCAAUCUUUGAUUACUGAUGCUGGUCUUUCCAAUUGCCAACUUUUUUAUGAGCUAUGUUUAACAAAUAUCACCAAUGAAAUGAGCAAAGGUUCUCAUGCAUUAGGAUACAAAUUAAUUGCACAACUUUUAGCUUUCUCUAAUCCAAAAGUUUGUGUAGCUAAUCUCGCAAAGUUUGCUAUACAAAGGACUUCUUAUCAAAACCGUCCGCCAAUUGGGCAAAGCUUAUUAUGGACGUUAGGGCAAGGUGGAGUUGUAGAUUUAUCAAUUGGGCUGAAAGUGUGGUUAGACAUUAUGGUACCAGUUUUAGAAAUGAAACAUUAUACUAAAUUUGUCCUGGAGUAUUUAACAGCAAUACUUGACAAACACAAGUCUACUACAAAAUCGUUAACAAGUGAUUUAUUUAUCCAAAUAUUUGAUGUUCUCAAUUCACCAAAAAUCAAUUUCUCAAAAGAUCUUACAAAGCUAGUUCAAAAUCAGAAAAUUCUUAUAAAGGAAUUCAUGUUUAAAGAUAGCAAGAAAGCAAAUAAUAUCAACAGUAAUUUAUUUACAAGUCUUCUGAAUCGUAUGGAUCCUAGAUUAUCAGAUGAAGCUAAAAGAGAAAAUGCAGAUAGUUUAGUGAAGUGUUUUAUACUCGAACCAAGUUGUUAUGAUUUUUUCAAAGAAUGUUAUUCGAAAAACUUAGUACAAAGUGCAUAUUUAUUAGAGUACAUUAAUAAAAAUUGGAAUCAAUAUAAUAAAUCAUUGGGACAGAGUAAAAAGUUUGUUAACAUGUUAAAAUUAGUAGAAGCAACAAAUAAAGAACUUGCUUCCACUAAAAAGAAGGAAGGGUUGCAGCAGAGUAUAAGAGCAUGUGAGGCUUUAUUAGAAAAAAUGUCUAAAAAGAAGGGGUCAUCACUUGCUUGGAAAAUCACAAAGGUUUUCUUAUUAGUAUUUUUGAUGGCAGGAUUGGUUGUGGCUUAUGAUAUUUCAACAUAUAAGUCCUUUGAAACUAGUAUACAUGGUCAAGUUUUAACAAAAACAGGUCUGUUACCAAUAGCAGAAAAAGCUGGUGAUCGAUUUUUAGUUUACUCAGCAAGAGGCUACAAAUGGGCUGAACGUAAUCUUCCUGAAUAUUAUAAUCAGACAGCUGUUAUUGCUCAACCUUAUUUAAAACUAGCAAGUGAUGCACUUAUUAGUGGGCGAAAUGUUGUGGUUGAUCUCUAUGGAAAUGUUAAUGAUUACGUACGAGAGAAAACUCCCGUUGUAGUGAAUGCUAUAAACGAGUAUGCACCUGGUCUUCUGGACACAAUUCAGAAACACUCCGUUAAUACAUGGUCAACAGUUAGUGGUUUCUGUGUGCAAUACAUUGAUGUGGGCCGUGAUUAUUUGAAGACUAAAGUAUUUGUUGGACAAUUAUCUCCUGAAAACUUACACAAAGUUACAUUGGAAGCAUUUAAUACAACACAACAAUACGCAUCACAGUAUUAUAGCUGGCUAUAUGAAAAAGUUGAUGCAUACUCAAAACUGAAAUAAUAAGAGCAUGUGUGCAGAAUACUGCAUUGGGU